AUGUCGUUCUCGGCGCUGCAGUCCCCGCUGGCCGGCCGCUGCCUGCGUCUGCGGGCAGCCAAGUCGCCGGCGCCGCGCGGGCCGCCGGCCGUCCAGGCCAGCGCCCGCGUGGACAGGUCCUCCAAGAGCGACGUUAUCGUGUCGCCGUCGAUCCUCUCAGCGGAUUUCUCGCGACUGGGAGAGGAGAUCAAGGCCAUCGACCAGGCGGGCUGCGAUUGGGUGCACGUGGACGUCAUGGACGGCCGUUUCGUGCCCAACAUCACGAUCGGCCCGCUGGUGGUCGACGCCAUCAGGCCCGUCACGGACAAAGUGCUGGAUUGCCACCUGAUGAUUGUUGAGCCGGAGCAGCGUGUCGCCGACUUUGCCAAAGCUGGGGCGGACAUCAUCUCUGUCCAUUGUGAACAGUCAGCGACUAUCCAUCUGGACAGGGUGCUGAACCAGAUUAAAGACCUGGGCUGCAAGGCUGGCGUUGUGCUCAACCCCGCCACGUCCCUGAGCGAGAUCGAGCAUGUGCUUGGAGUGGCCGACCUUGUCCUCAUCAUGUCUGUCAACCCAGGUUUUGGUGGCCAGAAGUUCAUCCAGUACCAGAUCCCCAAGAUCAAGAAGUUGAAGGAGAUGUGCAAUGAGCAGGGUGUCAACCCAUGGAUUGAGAUUGACGGUGGGGUGAGCCCAGCCAAUGCCAAAGAGGUGAUUGAGGCUGGCUGCAAUGCCAUUGUUGCUGGAUCUGCAGUGUUCAAGUCUCCAUCGUAUGCUGAAGCCAUAUCGGGAAUCAAGAAUGCGGCCAAGGUGCCAGCGAUGGCGUGA